ACUUUAGCUCAAAUGUGUAUUUGGGCCUGGACAGGAGGAAGAAUAUGAUGCAGCGAAGUGCUCGGUAGCUCGGUGAGUUUUUAAGUUUAAUGCUCAAUUUUGAGACCUCGACAAUUAUCAGUGGUCUUCAAGAUUGGGGCUCCCCAGAUCGUAUAAGUUUUAAGAUUGUAACUUGUCAUAAAGAUGGCUUCGUCGCGUCUUCAUACCGGUCGCCAAUUUCGACACAAGCUGGAAUUUUUCUGCUCAAUCGUAGGCCUUUUUCUAAUUACCUAUAUGUCGUCUGUUUCCCUGUUAGUCAACGCCCAAUAUACGAGCCCGAUGCAUUCUUCCUGCUCAGAUAUCUGCCAGUAUGACAACUGGACAAAAAUCGCCAACUGCUCGAAUCGGCAAUUAAUGGCAGUGCCAGGUACCUGCAACCAGGCAAGAACAUUGAAGAUGAACAAUAAUCGCAUCACUCGCUUAAACCCCUACGACCUUGAAGAUUUCACCAACCUCCAAUUCCUUUAUCUAGGAAAUAACCGAUUGGAUAACAUAUCAUCGAACGCAUUCGUGGGUCUUGGGAAACUUGAAUAUCUCAGACUUGGGGGAAACUGUUUUUCCGACUUAAAUGGUGAGAUGUUUCGGGGUCUUGCCAAACUUCAGUUCCUUUUGGUUGUUGAGGGUUGCCUGGAAAACAUUGCCAAGGAGACAUUCAAGAACUUACCGAAUCUUGGCUCGCUUGAACUCGGUGGAAAUCAUCUCCGGGAACCACCUUGUGAUGCAUUUGGUGCAGGGAAUGCACUUCGAUCCUUGACACUUUCAAACAAUCUCAUCUACUCUUUACCUCAUCAUUGCUUUGCAGAACUCCAUCUUCUUAGGAUACUAGAUCUGGGCGGUAAUAAUCUGACAGAAAUUAGAAAUAGCCAAGUUUUCAGUGGCCUCGACAACUUGAAAACAUUAACCCUGGAUAAAACAAAUUUGGUUCAGCUUGCAGAAGAUUCAUUUAUUAAUAUUCCACAGAUUCGACAUCUUUAUUUGACAAGAAAUAGACUUUCUAAUCUUCCGAUUAAUGUCUUCGCCAAUCUCUUGAAUCUUACAUUCCUAAAUCUGUCCGACAAUGCUCUGGAUCGUGUGACUUUAUUGUUCCAAAACAACCUUCGCCUCGAGAUCAUUGACCUUUCAUCCAACAUGAUCACAUGGAUAGAUCCAGACACCUUCAAAGGCCUGAAAUAUAUCCAGACCGUACUGUUGUCUUCAAACCGCUUGAAGAAAGUUUAUAACCUGAUCUUUGAGACACCGUGGAUAAACAUCACCAAUCUUGCGGACAAUCCACUUAGCUGCGAAUGUGCCAUACUGGACAUAGGAGACUGGCUUGACCGAAAUCCAGGUUAUGAAGCAACCUGUAACUCUCAAGGAAAAGAUGAAUAUGUUGGAAAAGUUUCUCUUCAGAGCAUAUGCGAUGAAUACAGCCAUCCCAGUUCUAUAAUUUCUGGUACUCGUCUCAUAGAAUUCCAAGGUACACCGAAACCAUCUACCAACAUUUCUUCAACAAUAGCAACGAAACCUCAAUCCAAUGGCAACUCUGAAACAUACCAAUCAAAUACAUUUCAUAUGACUACCAUAAUCCUGGUAGCCAUCAUAGUUGUUAUCCCUGUACUUCUUAUCAUGACUCUCUUCGGCACCGUGUACUAUUGCCGCAGGAUCUUGUCAACAGCCAAAGAACGGUCAAAGGACAGUAUUAUCUUAACGCCACCCACAUCAGAUCUCCGAGUAGGACUCAUUGGCGCCCAUCUACCAUCAACGAGCUCAAUAAAGUCUACGCAAUUGAAUGCUAUUCGGUCAGAGGAUGGGACGAUGGCGAGGACUGGUGAUGAUGAUGGUGUUUAUGAAGAGUUUUCUGACGUCGAUCCAAUGAUGAGUCCCUCAAGUGUUUCAAAGAAAACCAACAAUGAUUUCGAAAUGCUCCACGGUUCGCAUACCUACUUCGAUGUCCAGGACGAUAGUUACGUUCCCUAUGACCCUCCUCGUUUGCCUGACAGGGACAACGAAUACGUGAAUGACAUCGAGAAAAGAAGCCUUAAACAAGAAUCAAGAAGCCUUAAACAAGAAUCGGGCUAUUAUGUGUUCAGUAUCAAGGAACCAGUGUAUGAUUCGAAGAUUCCUAAAUAGUUACGUAAAUGACAGUGAGCUCUUUUCUGUUUGAUAGACUUGAAAUAUGGGUACUGUUUGACAAGCAGGCUGUAUUUUUUUAUACAACAUUUCAAUGAAAUCAUUGGUUGAGAAGUAUAUAUCAAUGUUAUCUCUCAGCUAAUGAGAAAAAUUAUUAUGAUAAGCGGAAAAUAACUUCAGCUUACUUCUUCCCCCUUGAGGUUCAUACGCAGAAGCAAUAACAAUGUCUGAUGGAUACAGUUUUCUUGCCAUAUUUCUUUUAAUUUUGCUUUCGUAAAAACAAGAACUUUUGAAAUUGCAAUCGAAAUUUUCAUAUUAGACAAUUUAACACUUUACAUUCUACAUGUUUAUAAAUUUCUUUUAAAUAGCAUAUAGUCAUGUACAUUAUAAUACGUAAACAUAAUUAUCUUGUGCUUUUGAAUUUUCAAGCUACUGUUAAUAAUGCCACUCCUUUCAAAAUAUUUUAUGAAAUAUUGAAUUAUACAGUAUAAUCACUUAUUACUGUCAGGAAUGUACAUAACCCUAUAGUAUUUCAUUCUAGAAAUGCUCAUGUAAAUUACCUACAGUGCUUGAUUACUGCUUAAAAUGAUUAAUAAUUUUUCUAUGAUUCUAAAAAUUACAUUUUCGUUUUCAGGUUUACGUGAUAUUAUUUUGCCACUCAGUUGUCAAUUAAAAAUCCAAACCAUAAAUUGUAAACCUUGUCUGCAAAGAAGUUGACAGGAUAUUUUACAGUGCGUAUCAAAAAAACGGGACAGUUUUGUAAGGUCAAUUUUUUUUUUCAAAUUAUGAUAUCUAUAUUUUGAUGUUAAGACAUAGAUGCUCUGAAAUCUUAUCUUUGAAAUGCCAUUUAAAUAAAUGUUGUUCAUGCUUGAGCGAGCACGGGACGUUUUUGUCGGGGGUUCAAAAAGAGGCUUACGCCAAAAUGGCAGAAAUUAGAAAUUUGAUCAGACUUCUUGCUAAUCAGUAGACUUCCUUUGAAUAUUUUCAUUAUCUUUGCCAUAAUUUUCGAAUUGUGCUUUCAAAUUUCAUUUACAAAUUUAUUUGUUUACUUGAAUUAUUUUGUUUUUUCAUUUAAACUUCUUUUACCUUUGAAUUUUCUUGCAUAAGUAAGAAAAGAAGACUUUUUUCAACCAAAGCAAGAAGAUUUCCAUUAUUAAUUGGGAGAUCUUUUGAUUAUUCAAAUCCUUUUAUUAUGUGAAACGAAUUAUGUUAUGGUACCUUUAAAAAAAACAUGAAUCCUAUUUUUAAGGGGUUAUUGAUUCCUUGACCAAGUUUAAUUAUGUGCUUGAUAGGACAAACAUGAAAGUAUUUAUGUCUUUCAAUGGCAAUGGUGUAUUGAGUCUAUUAUGAAGGAGCUAGAUAUGGCAGAUCGGAUAAAAUGUAUUAAAAAGUUGAGAUUGAGUGAAGCGAGC